AUGAGGUUGCUAGACAUAAGAGGAUUGCACCUGAGCGGUGCUAAAUAUGACGGUAGUCUCCCGAGAUCAGAUAGCCUCCCUCGACGCUUCUGCACAACCGAGCUCGUCGAGCAGACGCCCCUUUACCACUACCGCAAAACGAACAAGCUGCGCAGCAGCACCCUGGCGAGCAUGGCGCCCCCGACGACUAGCAAGAAGCGCAAGCUGGGCGAGGAUAAGGGGACGAAGUACUAUGCUGUGCGGGCGGGCAAGGUGCCGGGUGUCUACAUGACUUGGUUGGAGUGCCAGAAGCAGAUUACUGGAUUCAGGGGAUCUUCUCACAAAUCCUUCUUCAGCGAGAAGGAGGCUCUCGAUUUCGUGGCCGGGAAGAGCGGAUCCGCGAAUGGAGAAGAGAAGUUCUACGGCGUUGCAGUGGGUCAUCUACCAGGCGUAUACACCAACUGGGCGGACGCCAACGAGCAGAUUCUGGGUGCUGAGAAGCCGAAAUUUAAGAAAUUUGAGACGCGCAAGGAGGCAGAAGCGUUCGUGAGGAGUGGUGCGGUUGCGCAACGUAAGAAGGUGGAGGCUAAGAGAGCUGUCAAGGAUGACGAUGGGGAGGAGGGAGGGGAGGACGAGGAGGACGAGGACGAGGACGAUGACGAGGACGAGGACGAGGAGGACGAGGACGAGGAAGAGGACGAGGACGAUGACGAGGAGAACGAGGACGAGGAGGAGCCGGUGUCAAAGAAGGCGAAGACGAAGUUGAGCAAGGUGAUCAAGGUCUACACGGAUGGUAGCGCACUGGGAAAUGGGAGGACGGGUGCCGUUGCUGGGGUUGGGGUUUUCUUUGGAGUUGGAGAUUCACGCAACGUCUCUGAACCCCUUGAGGGGAUGCCCCAAACCAACAACCGCGCCGAGCUCACGGGCAUCCUGCGCGCGCUCCAGAUCGCACCCAAAGACAAGGACAUGGAGAUCGUGACCGAUAGUAACUACUCGAUCAACUGCGUGACGGUCUGGUUCCGCGGAUGGGCUGCCAAGGGCUGGAAGAAGUCCGACGGCAAGGACGCCGAGAACACGGAUCUGAUCAAGGCAAUUCGGGAGCUGAUUGAUGAGCGAGAUGAGAAUGGGAAGGAGACGAAGUUCACCUGGAUCAAGGGGCAUAACGAUGAUCCGGGUAAUACGGCGGCGGAUAGGCUGGCAGUCGCUGGGGCCCAGAAUGCGCAGUCUGCGAGGCGUUAG